UUUUCUCACAAACAACUAUCAUCACUAUUACUAAAAAUGAGCCUUGGAAAGGUCGUCCUUGCCUACUCCGGAGGCCUAGAUACCAGCUGCAUCCUGCGAUGGCUCCUAGACCAAAACUACGACGUCAUCUGCUACAUGGCGAACAUCGGCCAAGAUGAAGACUUCGACGCAGCCACCACCAAAGCCACUAAAAUCGGCGCUUCCAAGGUCAUCGUGGACGACGUCCGCCACUCCUUCGUCAACGACUACGUGUGGCCAGCCAUCAGAGCAGGCCUCAUCUACGAAUCGCGCUACCUCCUAGGCACCUCCUUAGCGCGACCUUGCAUAUCCGUGGGGUUGGUGAAAGCGGCCCUCGACAACGACGCCCAGUUCAUCGCACACGGCGCCACCGGGAAGGGAAACGACCAAGUGCGCUUCGAAUUAUCGUGUUAUUCGCUCUGGCCAGACGUAAAAAUCAUCGCCCCUUGGAGAAUCGAAGAGUUCACAGAACGCUUCCAAGGUAGGUCGGACCUCAUCAAGUACGCCUCCGACAACAACAUCCCGGUUUCGGCCACCCCCAAGUCCCCCUGGAGCAUGGACGCCAACCUCAUGCACAUCAGUUACGAGUCCGGAAUUCUGGAGAACCCGAACAACGAAGCCCCUCACGACCUAUUUCAAAUGACGGUGGAUCCGAAGAAGGCCCCCACCGACUCCUUUAAACUAUCCAUCGAGUUCUCUAAGGGUGUCCCGGUCAAAGUGAUCACUCAAGACGCCCAAGUGUUCAACGACGCGCUGGAGAUUUUCACGUUUUUGAAUAAAAUUGGGGGCAAGUAUGGGGUGGGCAGGAUUGACAUUGUGGAAAAUAGGUUCAUAGGGUUGAAGUCGCGUGGGGUGUAUGAAACUCCUGGGGGUUAUAUUCUGUACGUAGCUCACACGGAUUUGGAAGUGUUUUGUCUGGAUAAGGAAGUCUACAGGGUGAAGCAAAGUCUGCGAGAUCGCUUAUCGGACUAUGUUUAUAAUGGGUUCUGGUUUUCGCCAGAGGGGCGGUUUGUGUUUGACUGUAUUGCUCUGGCUGAGGAGACGGUGAAUGGGAAAGUCAACCUAGAGAUUUAUAAAGGGAAUGUGACCGUUUUGGGGCGCUGGUCUCCCGUUUCGUUGUACAAUGAAGACCUGGUGUCCAUGGAUAAACAUUCAGAUUUCUCCCCAAGCGACGCCACUGGGUUCAUCAACAUCCAGGCCAUACGUCUGAAGGAGUAUAACAGAUUCCAAAAGCAACAAAAGUGACUUUGUGGCUAAUAAAUAAAUAAAAUUGUGUCAAUUUCG